UAUUAGAACUAUCUUUAAGCUUAUUCCAAAAUGAUAGAGAUAAAAUUUCGAGGAAUUUAGAUCAAUAUAAUACUUUAUAGAUUGAUCUUCCUUCUUUGUGUAGCAUCGGCCCUGGGCCAAUGAGGCAAUGGAAGGAAGGAACCAGGUGAACAGUGAGAUUCGACUGAUGCAGGCUGUGUAGGAUGCGUUAUUCAAGCAGGCUAUCGAUGUGAUGGAGGAGAUACUAUUCAGGCAGAUACCUGAGUUCCCAUUUGUGGCGAUGGGCUUAAAUUGGGAGCAGAAGCAUGUGAUGAUGGUAACACUGUAGCAGGCGAUGGCUGUGACGCUAUCUGCCAGAUUGAAGCAGGAGCUUCUUGCACUGGAGGAGGUGCAGGAGGAUCAGACACCUGUGUUUCAGCUUCUUGUGGAGAUGGUCUGAGGCAAAAAGUGGAACAAUGAGACGAUGAAAAUUCUAAUAAUGAUGAUGGAUGUUCAUCAACUUGUCAAGUUGAGGUAGGCUGGCUCUGAGAUUAUGGAACACCAGCUAGAUUUGACGUUUGCCAAGAGAUCUGAGGAGAUGGCAAAAACAUGGGCGAUAAGCAAUGUGAUGAUAAAUAACAAUUAUAUCAAUGAUGGAUGCGAUCAUAUUUGCAUAAUCGAAACUGGUAUGGCUUGUAGUGGAGGUAACGCCACUCAUUAUGAUACAUGCACAGAGAAUUGUGGGGAUGGAAGAAAUAUUGGAAUAUUACCUUGAGAUGAUGGCAACCCAAGAGAUGGAGAUGGGUGAUCUUCAACAUGACAAAUUGAAACUGGAUACGAGUGUCCAAUCGAACCUCAGGAAAACGAUGACUUCAAUAUCUGAAGAGAAAUCUGUGGUGAUGGGAGGAAUCUUGAAUAUUUUGAUUGAGAUGACGGCAAUUUAGUCAAUGGAGAUGGUUGCGAUAGUACAUGACAAGUAGAAGUAGGAUGGAGGUGAUCUUAUGGAAAUAGUACCACUCCUGACUCGUGAUGGCCACAAAUUCCCUAUAUUACAGGCUAUAGUUUAUCAGAAGAUAACAGGAUCUUAAACUUCAAAGUGAAUGCUUCUCUGCUGUUCUUAGCUAAUUUUUCACUUAACGACUGGGAAAUAUAUGCUGAAGGGCCAAGGGAUCAUUAUCUCUUAGAUUGGCACAUUGAAAAUUUUGAUGAAAUUAGACUGACAGAACAUGUUGUUGACAUUAACAUUACUUUAGAUUGGCAUGAAUCAGUACAGUUCUUUGGAGAAGGACUUGAGACGAUUUAUUUUAACAUUUUGAACCCGAACCAUACUAUCUCAGAACAGUUCACUUGGCCUCUGUGGCAACAAAAUAUAACUGUGAAUCCUCAUGGGAUGGAAGCUACCACUGUUUGUGGAGAAUCGGAAGGACUGAAGAAUGUCACCUGGGCUUUGCUAAUAAUCAUGCUCUGUGUAAAUAUAUUUGCUUUCCUUACUUUCAAGAUAUCAAUGGGGUACACAUGGAGUUUGGUGUUUGUUCUGCAAUAUAUAAAUUUCAUUCCAUUGACCAAUGCUUAUUUACCUUCUUGACUGGUGUGGUAUCAUAAGAACACAGGACUUGUUAAUGGGUAUGACCACAUAAUAAGAGACAACUUCAUGGCUAGAAUGUACCAUCACUUGGACAUGGUCGAUAUGAAAAGAUACAACUACAGGUUUGAACGAUAUGCUUACAUUUAUUCGUCAUUUUUAGACAACACUGCUGAUAUCCUGAUGUGAUGGGUGUACGGGUUGCUCUUCUUAGGUAUCGUCACUAUUUUAGCUGAAAUUUGCAGGGAAUGGAAUUACUAUAAGCAUACCUUAAGGCUCUAUAAGUGGCAUAUGUAUUAUAAAGGCUUCAUGGUUUUGUAUCUCAAGGUCUUCCUUUUCUCGACCGUGAACCUGUUGAAGUUCCAUGUUGGUACAAAUAUUAACCAGAUUUCCACCUUAAUGUCGGUGAUCUUUUUCUUUGCAUUUUUGGCAUACCCAGUAAUUCACACUUGGUGGGCCUUUGCGUACAAGAAGAUGAGUCUGGACCAGAAACGAAAGAGCUUCGUUUUCUCAGAAGUCUUCUUUGAUGAAUUUGCUGUGUAUAAAUCUAUUCAGUAUUUCUAUUUCUGGAAAUUCUGUGCUUGAAGGAUCAUUUUUGCACUAGUUAUUUUGUUUGUGAAAAGUCCUGUAAUUCAGCUGAUUGUGCUCUUGGGAAUCCUUAUUCUCAAUUUUGUCUGGUUGGUCCUUGUCAGACCUUUUAGAUUCUAUAUCAGAAUGUUUCACUCAGGCAUGAAUGAUAUUGGAGGCAUGGUACUAGUAGGCUUGCAUUUUCAGUUCACAUGGGAGCAUAUGCCUGAUGAGAGGUACUACAGAUUCGCUCAAUACUGUAUGAGGGCGAUAAUCGGACUGAUCAUUUUAAACAUCAUCCUUCUUAUUGCUCAUUGGAUUUUCGAGUUCUUCUUUAAGCUGUGCCCCUUCUGCUGUAGAGGAGUGAGGAAAAAGAUGCAGAAAGCCGAUGGUGAUGACGAAGAAGUGGCUCCAGAAGAAGACGUCCUUUCCUCUGAAGAAUCUGUAGAGCCUAAAGUUGUGAUCCAGCCUCCAGUCGAGAUUGUCAUUCCUGCUGCAGGCGUGUUGGUAGAAAAAGGACAAGAGUACAAGAUGCAACAGGACAUCCUUGCUGAAGAGGAAGAGAAGAAGAAAAUGCCCAAGGAAGAAUUCAAGGAAAUCAGACCUUCAAAUGUUGUCGAUGAAGACGCAGAAAUGGUCAUCAACCAGAAGAAGGGCUCCGCUACACCGUUCUAGGUGUUUUCUCAAAUUUGGGUUUAGAAAAAUUAUGUCAAUA